UUGACUUUCUUUGCUCGAUGGUACGGUGCUAUGUCUCAACCUAACUCCGACAACACCCAAAAAAUUAUAAUUGAACCACGACUCGUUUGGCUAUUUUGAUUUUUGACCCAAAAAUCAAAACCUUGCAACAGUCCUAAGACUCCUAACCUGCAUUACAUGUUGCGCACACUCCACAGCAUCAGCCACCAACGCCGCCUUCAACCACCCAACACAAACACAAGCAUUACUCUUCUACAGAGAGCAAAAUUUCUGCCAUGAAAACUUAGAUUAUUACAAAGAAAAAAGGACUGAUUUUUUUUAGUUGCUUCAAUCUUUGUAUCUUCAUUUGUAACAAAAUGCUAGCUCGAAAUUACUGUCCAUCAAAAAAGCUUAAACGUUUGAUUUCUGUUUAUCUCUUCAAUUCAUCUCAUCAAUUUGCUUCAAAGUUUUCAUCUUCUUGUUCAUGUAAUUCUGUAGCAAGUGUAGCAGUUCAUAGAACAAACCCCUGUUUUCAAAACCCUGUUCUUCAAUUUCUGCCAUGUUCUUCAUUUGCAUUGCAGAUUAUAAAAAAUUAUUCAUCAAAUUCUGUGCAAAACCCAUCUCUGAAAUUGAUUAGAGAAGGUAAUUUUGAUGAAAUUGCAUCUCAAACGCUGCAAAUUUGCCUUGGUUGUGGUGUUCAUAUGCAGAAUUUAGACCGUAAUUUGCCUGGAUUUUAUGUUACGCCUGCUACGAAAAAACCCAGAUUACAAAUUGCCAAUUAAUCGAAAAUUUGUCGUGAUGAACCCGAGGCAUCGGAUUCCCUCAAAAGGGGUGUUCUUAAUGAGUUUGAUGAGACCCAAAACCCUCCCUUAAACCCUAAUUUAUGUGAAAAACCUGUUGUUUGUGCUAGGUGUCAUUCUUUAAGGCAUUAUGGUAAGGUUAAGGAUGUUAGUUUGGAAAACUUACUGCCAGAUUUUGAUUUUGAUCAUACUGUUGGUAGGAAGCUGGCAACAGCCUCAGGGGGUAGGUCUGUAGUUAUAAUGGUAGUUGAUGCAGGUGAUUUUGACGGGACGUUCCCGAAAAAGGUUGCUAAGCUGGUUUCAGCUACCAUUGAUGAGAAUUUAAUGGCCUGGAAGGAAGGGAAGUCUGGGAAUGUUCCUAGAAUGGUGUUGGUGUUGUCUAAGCUAGAUUUGUUACCGAGUUCGUUGUCCCCUACUCGGUUGGAGCAUUGGAUUAGGCAACGGGCUCGGGAGGGUGGGGCAAAUAAGUUGACUAGUGUGCAUAUGGUUAGUGCUGUGAGAGAUUGGGGUGUAAAGAAUUUGAUUGAUGAUGUGGUAAGAUUGGUUGGGCCAAGAGGAAAUGUAUGGGCAAUAGGAGCUCAAAAUGCUGGGAAAUCUACAUUGAUAAAUGCAAUAGGAAAGCAUGUAACUGGGAAGGUAGCACCUAUAACUGAGGCACCUGUACCUGGGACUACCUUGGGGAUCAUAAGAUUGGACGGAAUCUUUCCUGGGAAGGCGAAGUUGCUUGAUACACCGGGGCUUCUUCAUCCACAUCACAUAGCUACUAGGCUGACAAGGGAUGAACAGAAGCUCGUGCAGAUCAAUAAGGAGCUGAAGCCGAGGACUUACAGGAUCAAGGUUGGUCAUACAAUUCAUAUAGCUGGGCUUGCAAGGCUAGGUGUUGAAGAAUUGGCUGCAGACUCUGUUUAUGUUACUGUAUGGGCUUCCCCUCUGUUACCAUUGCAUAUGGGAAAAACAGAAAAUGCUGAUAGAAUGCUAACAGAUCAUUUUGGUCGACAGUUACAGCCACCAAUAGGAGAGAAUCGUUAUAAAGAGCUUGGUAGCUGGGUGAAACGGGAUUUUCAGAUAAGAGGAAAUAGUUGGGAUUCAAGUGCUGUUGAUAUUGCAGUUGCUGGUGUGGGCUGGUUUGCCAUUUGCAUCAAAGGGGAGGCAACCAUCAGCGCUUGGACUUACGAUGGAGUUGAUGUUGUUCUCCGAAAUUCCCUUCUUCCUCAUAGAGCACAACAGUUUGAAGUUGCCGGCUUUAGUGUCUCAAAACUUGUUGCCGAGGCAGACAAAACUUCCAACAAACUGAAAAAUCAAGGGAAAGAGGGGAAAAGAAAAAAAGCCUGCUCUAAUCUGAAAUCCUAAAAUUGUAUAAUUUUUUGAAAAAAUUAGGAGUAAACAAAUUGAGAAUUAUCAAUUAUGGUGACUUGAUGUCUAUUGACUCCAUUCCUUAUCUCCUUAUUAAGGUUAUUUUUUUGAGGGAAAAUAAAUAAGGUUAUCUAUACUUUAAUAUUUAAAAACACAAACCACAAAUUUUU